UUUAUAUCACAGAUACUUCUCUCCUGUUCUUUACUUCAUAAUCUCCCAUCCCGAGGUGGAAACAUGUGAAUAGUAAAACAAAACCAACAUUAUUACCUGAAUCCAAAUUUAAUAAAUAAUUUUCCCUAUAAGCCUACAUUAGUCAAAUCAAAACAAAUUCAAAUUGAGAAAUGUGCACAGUAUAGUAAUAGUAGCUGCACCACUUAAAGCUGCACUCACAUCUCGAAAAAACCAUCCCAUCUUUGCUCAAACUCAAACAAAACAAAGCCUUGUUCAGUUUUUCUUCGUCCUUGACAACCUGUUUCCUUCAUGCAAAAAGAUGCAAUCUUUAUAAAGAAAAGAUUGAAAAUUUUCAUUAUUGAAACUUUGUAUCUCAAAGAUUGAAUCUUUACAAAGCUAAAUCAUGAAUCUUUCAAAGCUUUUUGUAAUUCUGAAUCUUUGUUUUCUCAUAUUUGCUAUUUCAACUAUUUUUUCACUGAAUUCAGAUGGACUUUCUUUAUUAGCUUUAAAAUCUGCAAUUUCAUCUGAUCCAUCAGAGUUUCUUUCAUCUUGGUCUGAAUUAGACUCAUCACCAUGUCAUUGGAAUGGAAUCACAUGUGAUGAUCACAACAACCAAAAAGUCACUUCCAUUACUCUCUCAGGACAUAAUCUCACUGGUUACAUUCCUUCUGAAAUUGGAGCACUUUCUUCAUUAUCAAUUCUCAAUCUUUCUUACAACAACUUCUCAAAACCAAUCCCAAUUCAUCUCUUCAAUGCUACUUCUCUUCACUCUUUAGACCUCUCAAACAAUGCUUUCACUGGAUCUUUACCUCAACAAAUCACAUCACUUAUAAACCUUAACCACCUUGAUCUUUCUUCUAAUUAUCUCAAUGGCUCACUUCCCAAGGAGCUAACUGAUCUUACUGGUCUAACUGGAACUUUAAAUCUUUCAUACAACAGAUUUUCAGGUGAAGUUCCAGUGAGUUAUGGUGAGUUUCCAGUGACAUUGAGUUUGGACUUGAGGCAUAAUAAUCUUACAGGAAAGAUACCUUCAGUUGGUUCUUUGUUGAAUCAAGGGCCUACUGCAUUUUCAGGCAACCCUUUUCUUUGUGGAUUUCCAUUAGAGACUCCAUGCCAAGAACCACAAGCUCAAAAACCUAGUGUUUUGCCAAAUCUUGAAAACCCCAAGGAUCCAAAUAAUGGGUUUGUAGAAAAAAGGAAAUCUGGAAAUGGGUCAGUGGUUUCUUUGAUUUCAGGUGUGUCAGUGGUGAUUGGGGUUGUGUUUGUUUCAGUUUGGGUGUUGAGGAAAAAAUGGAAGUUGGAUGAGGGUAAAAUGGGAAAAGAAAAGUUGGAGAAGUCACAACAUGUGGCUGUGGGUGUGGCUGUGGGAGGGGGGAAUGAUGAGGAAGGGCAAAAGGGUAAAUAUGUAGUGUUAGAUGAAGGGUUUGGGAUGGAACUAGAGGAUUUGUUAAGGGCAUCAGCUUAUGUAGUUGGGAAGAGUAGGAGUGGUAUAGUUUACAAGGUGGUGGCUGGUGGAGGCGGGAGGGUAUCGGGUGCUGCGGCAGCAGCGGUUGCUGUUAGGCGAUUAAGCGAGGGGGAUGCCACGUUGAGGUUCAAGGAGUUCGAGACGGAGGUGGAAGCCAUUGGGAAAGUACAACAUCCAAAUGUGGUGAGGCUUAGGGCUUAUUACUAUGCAAGUGAUGAGAAAUUGCUGGUUACUGAUUUCAUCCGUAAUGGCAGCUUGCACAAUGCUUUACAUGGCGGACUUGGUAAUUCCUUGCCAUCACUGUCAUGGGCAGCUAGACUGAAGAUUGCUCAAGGCACUGCUCGGGGUUUAAUGCACAUUCAUGAGUGUAGUCCCAGGAAGUAUAUUCACGGGAACAUAAAAUCAUCCAAAAUCCUUCUUGACGAUGAAUUGCAAGCUUACAUAUCCGGUUGUGGGUUGACUCGCCUUGUUUCAGGCUCCUCGAAGCCCAUUAAUAGUAGUACCAAAAAGCUGAGUACAAGUCAAAUGAUAUUAAGUCCAAAAAACUCAGCUUCGCCUUGUAUUAUGUAUGUGGCACCUGAGGCUCGGGUACCUGGCUUCAAGUUCACACAAAAAAGCGACAUCUACUCCUUUGGUAUUGUACUUUUGGAGAUUCUGACUGGUCGGUUGCCAGAUGGAGGAUCAGAGGAUGAUGGGAAGGGGCUUGAGAGUCUUGUUAGAAAGGUUUUUAGACAAGAACGACCGUUGUCCGAAAUCAUAGACCCUGCACUAUGGGGUGAGGUUCAUGCCAAAAAGCAAGUCGUUGCAGCAUUUCAUAUUGCUCUCAACUGCACAGAACAGGAUCCCGAGCUUCGGCCAAGGAUGAGAACAGUUUCUGAUAACCUUGAUCGCAUCAAACUGCAGUAAAAGAAACUUAAUGGUACACCUUGUAAAGAGCUUUCAAGUUAAUGUAGAAGUUGUUUAGUGUUUGUGAAUCAGAAUUUUCUGUUUCUAGUUAUCGUUGUAACUCUAGCGAUUCAAUGUUCUUUUUGUUGAAUCAGCAAUUGAAACUUAUUUGUGCUAGCGA